AUGGGUGAUAGGGCUUUAACCAAUAAGGAGUUGGAGGGAAUAAUUAAUAAUAUGAGCGAUUGUGAAUACGAAUCGGACGUCGAUGACUCAGUGGGUGAUCCAGACUUCGAGAAUUUCAGUUCAUCAGAAAGUACCGAUACAAAUGCAAAUGUCGGGGCUAUAGACACUCCUGUUGACAGUGAAGUGAAUUUGUCUGAAAGCAGCGAGAGUAGCUCAGAUGAGUGCAGCCCCAACAGAGAUGUAAGUGGAUCACAUGAAGUUCGAGUUAUCUGGAAUGAUUGUUCAGAUAAUGAGACAACAGAUCGUACGAAUCGCAUAUACAAAAUUCAACCAUUAGCAGACGGUCUCGUUACUAAUUUUCAAGCUGCAUGUAUUCCCAAAAAAGACGUAUGUAUUGACGAAACAAUGAUUCCAUUCAGAGGCCGGCUUAGCUUUCGUCAAUACAUACCGGGUAAACGACAUAAAUACGGAGUAAAAAUUUUCAAACUGUGUGCGGAGAAAGGUUAUACAUACAACUUAAAAGUAUAUUCAGGCAAGGAGGACAACCCGACUUCACAGUCGGUUGCUAGUCGCGUAGUUCUCGAACUUAUGGAGCCUCUCUUAGAUUGCGGACGUCUACUAUGCACAGACAACUUUUAUGCUAGCGUUAGCCUCGCACACGAACUUUUGGAUAGAAAGACACACCUUAUUGGGACUCUGAGAAAAAAUAGGAAAUUUAAUCCAAAGCCAAUUACAGAUGCAAAACUGGAAAAAGGGGACUUGAUUGUACGUGAGAGUAAUACCCAUGUGAUAGUGGGAAAAUGGAGAGACAAAAGACAGGUCUUAUUUUUGACGACCGAAGCAGUGCCUGAAAUGACUGACGUACAAACAAAACGAGGUGUUGUAAAAAAACCAUCUACUAUUGCAAAGUAUAAUAGUAUCAAGUCUUUUAUAGAUGUGUCUGACCAAAAGGCUUCCUACUCGACUACUGUUCGACGCGGAAUAAAAUGGUAUAGAAAGGUGGCCAUAGAAAUACUCACAAAUACUGCAGUUGUGAAUGCUCACAUAGCAUAUCAAUUUUUUAUCUAA